CACUUCCGGGCGUUGGUGAAAAACAGCAGGCUCACGCUGUCAUCUGCUGACCGCUUUACGUAACGAGGGAGUGUCUUUGGAAGGGGUAAUUUUAACAUUGCAUCCACUAAGGAAUAAAGUACAGUCGAGAAAAUAAGUGGCGCCUGUGCACAAGUGAGAGACCCACCAAGCUGCCCGGUGCACCUCCCGUCUCACUCAGGACAUGUGAGCAAAACUGUGCGUGCACCAUAAUUCACACAUCAAGCACACAAACAAAGGAAACAGAAACAGUCUUGACUUUGAAGACGGAGCCUCCAAUCACCACAUGGAUUUUCUGUGUUUUAGAACCUUGUGCUGCAAAGGGCCACCUUCACCACGAACAGAAUAUGAUGUCGUUUGUGUGGGUCUUACAGGAUCUGGCAAGUCAAGUUUGCUUACGCAACUCUGCAGUGAAAGCACAGACAGCAUCAUUCCUACAACGGGUUUUAGAAUCAAAGCUGUUCCAUUCCAGAAUGCAAUCCUCAACGUGAAAGAACUGGGAGGGGCAGACAAUAUUCGCAAAUACUGGAGUCGAUACUAUCAAGGAUCACAAGGGGUUGCAUUUGUUCUCGACAGCGCGUCAUCUGAAGAUGAUCUAGAAAUGGCGAGGAAUGAGUUGCAUUCUGCUCUUCAGCAUCCACAGCUAUGCACUUUGCCAUUUUUAAUAUUAGCCAACCAUCAAGACAAGCCAGCGGCUCGUUCUUUACAGGAGAUUAAGAAAUACUUUGAACUAGAACCACUUGCGAGAGGUCAUCGAUGGAUCCUUCAGCCUUGCUCUGUCGAAAACAUGGAUGCUGUGAAAGAAGGUUUCAAUCAGUUUAUUAACUUGCUUGAAGAGAUUGAUCACGAGAACACUCCAGGAAGAUUAUGAAGUAGGCAGCCGUUUGAAAAAUUGUAAUGAAACCUUUCUUACACACUGUACUGUAAACUUUAAUAAUGGAAUAACUUUAUUGUAUGUUCAUUUUCAAUGUUUUAUAUGAUCCACUUCAUGCAUAUCAUAUUAUGAAAUCAAUUUUUAAACAAAACAAAAAUAUCCUGAAUCACUGAAAUAUGAAAUUAAUUUAACAUGGAAUCUCCAAAAGUACAGGACAUUUUACUUUAUCCUAUUUUCUACAACUUCAAUUUUAAUGUAAUUGCAUGAUCUUUUGGUAUGUGAUCAUUUGUAGUACAGUAGUGAUUGGAAUUUCGAAAAUGGUCAGUGAUGACAGUUCUGAAGAACUAAAUUCUUUUAGGAUUGAUCUUCAUUGAAGGGUGAAGAUCAUAUCUUGCAUCUAAUUAUUUCUGUAUAUCGUUAGCAUACACACAAGAUGAAGUGGCUGAACUGUAAGAAUUGUGAAUGUGCAUUUGUAAUUAUUUUGGAAAGAAUGGAAUGUCUUGGUGUUUUAGAAUACGUCAUCUUUAUUGAUUACUACUUUAUUGAUUAACUACUAUCAGGUUUUUGAAAUGGUGUCAGACAGGUUCAGAAUAUCUGUGUAAAAGGGAGAAAUAAUUGUAAUUUGUAGAAACAUUUUUUUAACAUUGCUGUGUACAUUCUGCACUGCUUUUUAAAAAAAACAGAUUUUGAUAACAGCACUGUUUGACAAAUCCAUUGGCAGAUUAUCAUGCAAUUGUUUCAAUUGAAUUAACAAAUUUGGUCUUGCAUCCUUUGUCUUUGUUUACUCGGGAUCAAAAAUAUUUGUUCUGUGACAUUAGUAAUAUAAAAUUCAAUAUGUUAGGUAAAGUAAAAUUGUUGUCUUAAUUUCAAAAUUACUUAAUGUAUUAUAAUAUUCCCAGAAUUCAGUUUUGAAAGAUUUAAUUAUAUUGAAGAGACUGUGGUAGAUGUUGCUUGAGCCAUCUGUCAGAUGACCCUUUUUGUGUGUGUGUGUGUGUGUGUUUAAUGUAUGUGUGCACCAGCCUUGCACUUCUUCUCAAACCUGAGACUGUCUGCAACUCAUCAGUAAGUUGAAUGAAAACACAAUCAAUCAAUACUCACCAGCAGCUGUUCCUGACAAGCCUCUGUCUGACGCCUAAUGCCUUCCAACUGUCGGCAUCAUUCCCUCCCUGUCUACUACCUCCAUCCUCUGUCCAACCAUUCCCAUUCACAUUCUCUUUUUGCUUGCAGUUUAAGAAUUUCAGAUGGUGUUCUUAGAUUUUCUGCUGGAAUUUGUAUUUUCAUAUUUCUUGUCCAGUGUUUAUUUGUCACGUGUAUCUUGCUGAGCAUAUUGUAAAGCUGGUCAUUAAUCUGUGGUAUGUAUGUUCAUAUUUUGUAAUAGGCUUUCUGUAAUUCAUUAUAUUUAUAGAAACGUUGGUGUUUUUUUAUACACCAGUAUACACUGCAGCUGUUUUUAUAAUGAGUGAAAUCAUACAUAUUACUAAAACUUUUUACCUUUACUAUUAACAAUAUGUAUUGCUAGUUCAACUAGCACAUAAUGUAUCUUUGUACCAAAAAUACAGCAACUGUAUUUAGCCAGUAACUAAACAGUAUAGCCAAACAAAUGGGAGGUUAUUCUCUUAAUAUCCGCUGUUCAUCAAUAACAAUAAAGGUUACUGCUGAAUAGAA